CCCCUGCCGUUUUAGUAACCAGAGGCCGCAAGAAGAGAUCACUUGUAUAUACACGGGCCCCAUCUUUUGAUUUUUAAGACAAAAGAAAAAGAAUCUUCUUCAACAAGUUGUGAAACUCAACCUUCAAAGACACUCUGUUCCAUUUCUGUGGACUAAUAGGAUCAUCUUUAGCAUCUGCCGGGUGGAUGCCAUCCAGGCUUCUUUUUCUACAUCUCUGUUUCUCGAUUUUUGUGAGCCUAGGAGGUGCCUAAGCUCCAUUGGCUCUAGAUUCCUGGCUUUCCCCAUCAUGUUCUCCAAAGCAUCUGAAGCUAUGGCUUGCAAUUGUCAGUUGAUGCAGGAUACACCACUCCUCAAGUUUCCAUGUCCAAGGCUCAUUCUUCUCUUUGUGCUGCUGAUUCGUCUUUCACAAGUGUCUUCAGAUGUUGAUGAACAACUGUCCAAGUCAGUGAAAGAUAAGGUAUUGCUGCCUUGCCGUUACAACUCUCCUCAUGAAGAUGAGUCUGAAGACCGAAUCUACUGGCAAAAACAUGACAAAGUGGUGCUGUCUGUCAUUGCUGGGAAACUAAAAGUGUGGCCCGAGUAUAAGAACCGGACUUUAUAUGACAACACUACCUACUCUCUUAUCAUCCUGGGCCUGGUCCUUUCAGACCGGGGCACAUACAGCUGUGUCGUUCAAAAGAAGGAAAGAGGAACGUAUGAAGUUAAACACUUGGCUUUAGUAAAGUUGUCCAUCAAAGCUGACUUCUCUACCCCCAACAUAACUGAGUCUGGAAACCCAUCUGCAGACACUAAAAGGAUUACCUGCUUUGCUUCCGGGGGUUUCCCAAAGCCUCGCUUCUCUUGGUUGGAAAAUGGAAGAGAAUUACCUGGCAUCAAUACGACAAUUUCCCAGGAUCCUGAAUCUGAAUUGUACACCAUUAGUAGCCAACUAGAUUUCAAUACGACUCGCAACCACACCAUUAAGUGUCUCAUUAAAUAUGGAGAUGCUCACGUGUCAGAGGACUUCACCUGGGAAAAACCCCCAGAAGACCCUCCUGAUAGCAAGAACACACUUGUGCUCUUUGGGGCAGGAUUCGGCGCAGUAAUAACAGUCGUCGUCAUCGUUGUCAUCAUCAAAUGCUUCUGUAAGCACAGAAGCUGUUUCAGAAGAAAUGAGGCAAGCAGAGAAACAAACAACAGCCUUACCUUCGGGCCUGAAGAAGCAUUAGCUGAACAGACCGUCUUCCUUUAGUUCUUCUCUGUCCAUGUGGGAUACAUGGUAUUAUGUGGCUCAUGAGGUCUCAUCUACCAUUUGCAACUGACCUCUUCUGCAAAGGACUUCAGAAACCUAGCACUACCCUGGCUCUGCAAACACGGUUCUCUAGGUGAAGCCUCUGCAGUGGUUUGCAGAAGUACUCAGACGAAUGAACCACAGUAGUUCUGCUGAUUCUGAGGACGUAGUUUAGAGACUGAAUUCUUUGGAAAGGACAUAGGGACGAUUUGCACAUUUGCUUGCACAUCACACACACACACACACACACACACACACACACACCCACACACACACACUCUCUCUCGAUACCUUAGGAUAGGGUUCUACCCUGUUGCUCAGUGACAAAGAAUCACUCUGUGGCGGAGGCAGGCUUCAAGCUUGCAGCAAUCCUCCUGCACCAGUUUCCUGAGUGCCAGACUUCCAGGUGUAAGCUAUGGCACUUAGCAGAACACUAGCUGAAUCAAUGAAGACACUGAGGUUCCAAGAGGGAACCUGAAUUAUGAAGGUGAGUCAGAAUCCAGAUUUCCUGGCUCUACCACUCUUAACCUGUAUCUGUUAGACCCCAAGCUCUGAGCUCAUAGACAAGCUAAUUUAAAAUGCUUUUAAUAAGCAGAAGGCUCAGUUAGUACGGGGUUCAGGAUACUGCUUACUGGCAAUAUUUGACUAGCCUCUAUUUUGUUUGUUUUUUAAGGCCUACUGACUGUAGUGUAAUUUGUAGGAAACAUGUUGCUAUGUAUACCCAUUUGAGGGUAAUAAAAAUGUUGGUAAUUUUCAGCCAGCACUUUCCAGGUAUUUCCCUUUUUAUCCUUCAUGUCCUUAAAAGAAACCAGAGUCAACCAGAAUUAACUGCUUUUGUUGUCUAAGAUGAAUGUAUGCCUUUUAUACUUCAAAGCAAAAGUCAAGUUGGAGGCACAGUUCGUAACUUACUCGUUCAUAUUGAACUUAUAAUGAAUGUCUUUAGGCAACUUUGCCCUUUUACACAGUUCUUGAUAUAGUUCUUAUUUCAAAUGAGAUUAUUUACUGAGUAAUCAUCUGUCCUCACAUAAACAACUUAAGUGAUACUAGCCUUACACAGAACUUCCUCAGAUUCCUGGAAGUGGCUUUUGCUCUUUGGUAUAGAUCUGCUACAGUGGAAUUGAAAAAUAAAAUGUACGUUAGACACACUUGCCUGUAAUCCCUGCACUCAGUAUACUGAGGCUGAAGAACUGAAUUCCAGGUAGCAUGGCCUGGAUAGUAAGAUCCUGUCUGAAACCCACUCCUCCAUCAAUGUGCCCCAAAGAAAUGGAAAACAAGAAGCAGCUAACUGCUGCUUCUAUACUGAAGGUUCCCUUUUCUCUGAGAUGUAAUCCACAACCUACAAGACCAGCAGUGAGCUUAAGUCAAGACAAUCAGAUAUUCUAGUCUGAAUUUAUAGGAGGACAUCGAAUGGCAGCCAAACUUCUCAACGGGACCAGAAUCUGUUGUAUGCCCAGGAAACAGGUCCAUUUUUAUGUGGGUGCUCUCAGAACCAAGCCACUAAAGAAAACAAAGUGGUGGACUGACAAAAAGCUAACAAGACAUUGAAAGCCACACCAAAGAAAAACCAGGAGGGCGGGGGAAGUAAGCUGCAGCAUUUAAUCAGUGGUGAUCGGGCUCACCACGAGACUUCAAAAACAGUUAGUGACAAAAAGGAUCAAUCAAAGGGAAACUUAGAAAAGUAAGUUAUGUUAAAUUAUUGAUUACAUUUGAUAAGCGUUAGUUGUUUUUUUUAAGAUUUAUACUUUUUAUUAUUCAGGUGUUUUCUUUUGCUAAAGUAAUUUUUAAAAACUGUUUAGUUUUAUAAUUUUUAAAGAUUUUUGCCUAUGUUAUUAUAAAUAAAAC